AUGGACCCUGCGCUCAGAGAAUCCGAGCGAACCUUGCCUGAUCCCGGAAAUUCUACAAACACCAUGUCGUCCUCGCCCGACACGUUCCAUGGCUGGGUCGGCCAUGAUUCCAAGUCUGCGCAGGGGAACAUGCGAUGGGAAGCUUUCAGUCCCAAGCCCUUCGCCGAGACCGACAUUGACAUAAAGAUUACGCAUUGUGGGAUAUGCGGUACUGAUAUACAUACCCUUAGAGAAGGCUGGGGCGCGACGCAUUAUCCCACCUGCGUUGGCCACGAAAUCGUCGGACACGUCGUGCGAAGAGGCUCGUCCCCUGCCGCUCAGCGAUUUCAGAUUGGGGAUCGCGUUGGAGUUGGCGCCCAGGCGGCGAGCUGUCUGAAAGAUGACUGCGAGGAGUGCUCAAGUGGCAUGGAGCAGCAUUGUGGAAAAGGCUUCGUCGGGACGUACAAUGGUCUGUACAGGGAGCACAACUAUUGGAGUAUGGGUGGUUAUGCGGAUUACACCAGAGUUUCGGCGCACUUCGCGGUCAAGAUACCAGAGCGAGUGAAGAGCGCAGAUGCGGCACCCAUGAUGUGUGGAGGUAUCACUGUAUACGCACCGCUGAAGAACAAUAAUGCUGGGCCAGGGAAGAAGGUUGGGAUUGUAGGGUUGGGUGGCUUGGGACAUUUCGGUGUGCUUUUUGCGAAAGCACUCGGAUGCGAUAAAGUCGUCGCCAUCAGUAGGAGAAGGAACAAGGCCAAGGACGCAGAGGCUCUUGGCGCAACUGACUACAUCGCAACCAGCGAGGAUCAGAAGUGGGAGAAGAAGCACUCACGCACGCUCGACCUCAUUAUUUCAACCGUGUCCUCACCAGAUAUGCCGCUUCCAGGUUAUUUGCGACUUCUCCGCACGAACGGCACGUUUAUACAAGUGGGCGCCCCAGAGGGUGAUCUUCCUCCUAUCGCAGCAUUUGCUCUGAUCGCAAAGGGCUGCAAGAUCGGAGGCAGUCAGAUUGGCAGUCCCAAGGACAUCGAAGAGAUGCUGCAGUUUGCUGCGACAAAAGGCAUCAAGCCGUGGAUACAGCAACGACCGAUGCGUGAAGCCAAUCAGGGCGUCGUGGACUUCGAAGAGGGUAAGGCAAGGUACAGAUACGUGCUUGUCAACGAAGAGAAGGAGCAGUCCCAAUUGUAG